GCGACUUUUGAUGUCACAUCGCCCUCCACUGUGGCGCGGCUUGCACAGAGAAAGGCUGUCAUGGCCGAUGUGGACGCGUCUGCGGGAUCGCCUGCCGUCAAUGACUGCAGCAUCGAGCUGGACUGCGUAGCUCAGCCACCGUCAUUGUUGGAAACUGUUCCCGACGUGCAGAUUAUUAAUGCAGAUGGAGUUGAAAUUAAAGUGGAGCAAAUUGAACAUGGCCGCAGCGAAGGAGUUGAUUCGGAUGCCGACCACGAAUCCACCGUUCCUCGUAGUGUGUCCAAAGAACCAAAUCCCGGAGUUGGUACGGAAAUCAAGGUCGAGGAGGAGUACAUGGAGGUUAAAGUGUGCGAGGUUGGAGAGAGCAGUGAAGACGGGACCCUUUGCAAGCAAGAGGGCGCCAGUAAUGACGAGAACAACAGUGGGGAUGGUCCCUUCCAGUGCUUGGAUUGUGGAGAGACAUUUACGCUGAGGGAAGCCUAUGAAUCUCAUUUGAAAGUCCACUCUCUUCAAGACCUACCUGAGAAAGAGGUGCCUAGUCUAAGCUCAUUUACUUCCAAAGGAAAACCCUACACAUGUCCAGAAUGCGGAAAAGGUUAUUUAACCAUGACAUGGCUUAAAAAUCAUCAAAGACAGCAUAUUGAUAGGACUGUAAUUACGGUAUCAGAUCAUGAGAAAACAAAUGAGAAUAAGCCAAUUGAGUGUGCAGAAUGUGGUGAGCGUUUCUCUCGCAUAGCUGCACUCCAGACCCAUCAGCAGCGGCAUGACAAAUCUCAGACAGCACUUAAUAAGCCUUUCAAAUGUACAUGUGGAAAACAGUACUCCUGUCUUGGUUCAUUGUUAAAUCACAAAAGGUAUAGUUCAUGUGCUGAGCCUCAGAAAUCCAGGGAAGAACAUAAGGAGGUCCAAUUGCCUAACGAAAAACCAUUAAAAUGCCAUGUCCGCUUGCCCAGAGUCAGACUGCCUCCCUUUCUCCAGAAUCAACUUUCUGAUAUCAACAGUACAGAAACUUGUGGUAAUCAGCCAUCAGAGUCAAAAGAGAAACGAUACGUAUGUGAGUGUGGAAAAGGUUAUUCUAGCUUUUCAUGGUUUGAAACACACCAGAAAUCCCACUUAAAGGAAAAGAAGACCUUCUCUAAAGAGCGUAGCCCUUUGGGUUCUUUUGAGUGCCCUGAAUGCAAGAAAUCUUUUUCUCGUUCUGCAGCAUUCCAGAACCAUAUGAAGCGUCAUGCAAAAAGUGAGGCAGCAUUUGAUAAGCCCUGGCAGAAGUCUCUGCAUGAUGAAACUUCUCCAGAUCGUCUUUGCAAAAGUGCCCAGUCACAACUGAUCACCGGCUCUGAGAAUGGUAUGAAAUUUACAUAUGAAAAUGAAUUGCUUAGCAACCAGCAAUCACAUGAUAUACCAGAACCACCCAGGUACCGCUGCUCAUGUUGCUGUAAAGUUUUUGAUUCCCUUUACCAAUUGAGGGCUCACAAGAAAAGGCUUUUGGCCAAGUGCAUUUCCUGCCCUUCUUGCAGCUUUACCUGCAAAAGCAAAAAACAGCUAAUACACCAUUUAGCCUGUCAUGAAAGUAAAUCACACAAAAGACUUGGUGCUUACAGUAAACAAAAUUUAUGGCUGUCUCACAAAGAUCCUGAGAGCACUUGUCAAGGAGAAAUGGAAACCAGUCAGCAAGGACAUGUGUGUCUUAAAUGCAAAAGAAUCUUUACUUCUCUACAGCGACUGCAGAAUCAUGAAAAGCUACGCUCCAAGAAACAUUUUCGUUGUGCACUUUGCUGUAAGAGUUACAGAGAAGAAGGGAAACUAGAGCGCCACAUUUCUAGCCAUGGUCAGAAGCAGCACUCCCGUAGCAGCCCUGUGUUAUCCAAGCCAGCAUCUAAUCUUGGCCGUUCAGCAUCCUAUUGGUGCAUAGUCUGUGGAAAGCAGUUUAUGCAAAAGUCUAGGUGGUUUUCUCAUUGUAAGCGUUGUGGUGAGCAGAGUGGGGUACCUGAAAGCUUACAGGAUGGGAAGCCUAUUUAUGUGGAUAAUGAGCAGCAAGGUGAACAUCAGGAGUCUGGAGUCAAGAUAGAUGAGCAAAAUCCUGGACAUAAUAACAGUGUGUCCAAUGAUGGUGGAGAAAUUUCCAUGCAUAAACGUUAUAAAAGAAAUAAUGAAACCUUUCAGACUAACAGAGGUGGCUUCUUGGCAAAGACUUUUAAAUUUAGGAAACGAUUAAAGGUUAGAGGAGGACUAGUUGAAUCUACUUCAAACUUGAGCCCUGCAAGUGAUGAAUCCAAGGCCCUUGUUUGCCCAGAAUGUGGAGAAAGUUUUUCCCGCAUGGCUGCUUUUCAGGCACAUCAGCAGCGACAUGCAGAGGCAUUUGCUGCUCUUGACAAACCUUAUACAUGUGAGUGUGGAAAAGGAUACCAAUCACCAGGAGCACUUUAUACCCACAAAAAGACUCAUGCUAUCUUAAAACUAUCGGCUGACUAUACAGGGAUUUCUCCUUUAAAUAAAAUGAAACCUAGAUCUGUUUCUGUGUUAGAAAAUGUACCUCAAGAUGCAUUACCUCAGAGUCAAAUUAUAGAUAGUACUGAUGUUUCUUCUGACUUGAGUAAUUUUCCUGCUAUUAACAAAAAAAGAUUUUCAUGUUCUUACUGUGGAAAAGGUUAUUUUCGACUUACAUGGCUUCAGGCUCACCAACGGUCCCAUGUGAAUGUACAACCGUCCCUGAAUCAAAAUCCUGACACAGUGGAGAUCUCUUCUGAAAACACCGAACUUGGUAAACAUUUUUCCAAAUCAACCUCAUUUAAAAUGCGUCAUAAAAAUGUCCCUAAACGGCGCAUAGUGCGCAAUAAAUCAAGAAGAAGUAACACAUUGUCAAGUUCCUUAAACACUCAUAAGAAAGAUGACUUGGAUGUUAAGUUCAAGGAUAUAGACAAUCCCUCCCAUAACUUGACUUGUUUAGAAUGUGGACUGUAUUUUCAAGAUGAUGUUGAACUUAAAGUACACUCUGCAUCCUGUCCUUCCCAAUGCCAAAUCAACCCUGGGAGUGAGACAGGAGUGAGUAACAAAUGGAAGUAUCGUAGGAGGCAUUUUUCUUGCCCUAUUUGUUCUAAAAUAUAUUUCAAAGAGGGAAGAUUAAAGCAGCACUUAGCAGGCCACAAACGACAGAGGCCUUUGGUGUGUCUUGAAAAGAUUCCGGAUUGCCCAUCCCCACCUUCGCACACACAUUCUCACCAUGGUACACUGCUGAGUCAGACUGAGCCAGAACAGGUUGAAUCAAUGAGUGAUGGCUCUCGGCACAUCCAGGCACCAGCAGAGGAGGGUGGCAGUUCACAAGAUUCAAGUGAAAAAGCUGUACAGCUUUCAUGCAAUAUUUGUGAAAAAGUUUUUAUUGAGGAAUUUGAGCUCUACCUCCACUUGAUACAGCAUGCAACUGGACAUUUAUAGACUUGCUUGACAGUUAGCAGGCAUAUGCUAAAUUUGAAAUAUCUUUCAGUCAGUCUUCUGAGGUCUUGCUUAAUGGUUAAAUGAUGUAUCCUGUUUUGUGUGUCCAAUCCUCUGUUUCAUUAGUCUGCAGUUUAAAAUUGUCAUCUUAAAAGUAAAAUCUUUUACUUUAAGCUUGCUUACAAUUCUAUUUUUCACUUCAAACAUUACACAGAGGAAACAUAUUAGACAUGUCUACAUUUGGGGCACAGUUCUAUUAAGUUUGUGACAGAUUUAGAAUUUCUGAUUUUGUUUAGUAUCAUUAUCAGAGUUUACUGAGGUACAAUAUGCAUGGCUGAUGUAAUGAGAUUUGUUUAAAUCCAGGUACUGUAUAAUGCUACACUUUUCCAACCAAACUUAAUGUCAGUAACUAAAGCUUUACUCUUGGGUGUUGUUCUGUUUAUAUUUGUUAUUAAGCUAGUUCUCCUGUUGCUUUAGUAGGUUUCAUUUUGCAAGUGCUUUUCCUUUCUCUCUGCUUAUCUGUAUCUUUUAUAUUCUUCCUUAUUCAUCACUAAACAAAUCCUCUGUUACCUUCAGAAAAUUUUAUGAAAAUAUUUGGGAUGCUAUGUCUUGCAUAGUCAAAGUUUUGAGGUUUAUUAUUUUCUUUUCAGCUGAUUAAUUUAAAUGUCUUUUACAGUUUUUUUUUUUGUAAUAUGUAAAAAUUAGUUGCAGCUUGCAUUAUGAGCAAUGGUAUCAUGUAACUGACCAGCAGAUACUGAAAAUGGACUUUAUUGAGUAUGUAGUUUAAACAGACUUUAUUGUAAACUAAACAAAGAGCCCGUUUCGACAACGUAACAUGAAACAGGCACGAGUGGAAUAGUAAGUAAUAAGUAUAAGCACCACAAACCUGAUAUAGGUGGAUUGAAUGAAUGCGUAAUUAGGCCUGGAGCUGUAGUCGAAAUCGCCUUUCAAGCCUCUAGAGCUUUAAUCGAAGUCGCCUUUCUCUUUGAAUUUUUGCGACCGUAAAUCCGCCGCCUGCCGCGAUGAUGGUCGAAGUCGCCUUUCUUUUUGAAAUUUCGCGUCCGUAAAUCCGCUGCCUACCGUGAUGUCGGUCUCGAAAGGUUUUUCGGGCAGCUGCGCAGAAGGCGAUUGCGCAUUUGUCUUCGGACGUGCGCAGAAGGUGACUGCGCAUUCGGCUUCGGACGGACGGACGGACAGACGUGAGUGAGUGAGGAGACUGGCAAAUUAUAUAUAUGAUCAGUGGUUCUCAAACAAUGGGGCGCAAGUAACAAAAAAGGGGGCGCAAAUGUUGCCAUUUGUGGCGUAAUUUCGCUGUUUGUAGGGAAAUUUUAAACUUGUAGUGGUGUGUCAGCAGCAAAAAAUAUAGAAAUAAAUUUUAUUAGGGUUUCAAAAAAACGUUAGGGGGCACGGUUAAAACUGUUAUGAAAACUCGGGUCGCAAAUACUUAAAGGUUGAGAAACGCUGUUGUAGAUGAUGAAAUUAUAAUAUAGAAGUUGUCUUUUAAUGUGAAUACUCUUGCAGUAGUCUUUAAGUUGGUGGAACACAAAAGUCAUUACAUGAUGUGAAAACUUCCUUGGACAAUUAAUGUGAGGUCUGUUAAAGCAAAGUUUAAGGAGAGAUGGUGUGGUUGGGAUUGUUCAUGAUUUAGAGGCACUUGUAAGUAGUGGCUACUGGUUGCAAGGUUAGGCAGGGGUUACAUAUCUUACUGGCGCCACAGUGAAUUAUCUUAGAAAAUGUUUGAAAAUACUUGGCUGGAUGAAGCACUUUAUGUGACUUUGUAUUCUUUUAAGAAAAAUCUGGUUGAGAUAGGGACAGCUUAGCUAUCAGUUAAACAAAAGGGCUUGAUGGACUGAAUGAUUUUCAAAUUUCUUGUGUGUUAUGUAAAUAGAAACAUCUCAUCUUAUUUUCUUAACUGCUUUUUCUGGUGAACAAAAAUGUUUAAAAGGCUAACUAUACCUGAAGUCUUAAAGGUGGAAAGAUUGUAUCCAUUCAUUUAACUUCGAAAGUCGCCUACCGAGCCGAAGCUUUUCCCACAAAGCAUCAGUUACAACAACUUUUUUUUUUUAACUAACAAUACUAUUACUUUAAAGAUACUCUUCAUACAGGACUGAAAUUCAGAAAUAGUACUGUCUGUUUAUAUGUAUACACAUUGAAAACACAUUCUUAAGCUUAUGUUAAACUUAAUUUUAGAUGUUUUUUAUUUUGUAUAAACAUAAAUUAUACACACAAUUUUGUAUAUCUCAAAGGCAGACUUCAAUAUUGAAGUAGUACUGGCACAUUCAAAAUAGUGUGUCAUGGAUAUAACUCGCAUUGAAAUUUUUAUGUGACUAUACAUUCAUGUUUUUAGCUUAAUUUUCAAAACUUGAAUAGCACUUUCUAAAUUGAGUAUUGUCUCAUGGAAAGGAAAAUUACAGUAUGCUAGUUUGGAACACCAAAGGUUCCCAGAUUACACAUAAACAUUGGAUCUCAUGCAUUUUUGUUCAUCAGUUACAAAUAGAAUACUACUUAUGUCAGUAGUUAAGAAUUAUAAGAAAAUGUUUAGCGCAUGAUUUACAAUAACAUUUGCAGUCCUGGCAGAUAUGGAGUAGUGUUUACUGUCAGGUUCAAGCUGCAAGCUACGUAUGUAAGAUGGGUUUGUGUAUUGAAUAAAGUAAGGUUAUCAUUGAAACUGUAGUAUUAAAAUCAGCAUGUAUGUUAAAAAGGUGCACUACACAGCUAUCAAGUUGGUGAGCUUGCUUUUUGGUGGGCCUUUCACCUCUGGAGCUGCUUUGAAGAUUCCACUGUUCUUGAAAGAUUUAUUUCUCCAUGGUAAACUCUUUGCGUUUUUAUAUGUAACAUAAGAUUGUAUGUUGUGUGAUAUGAAUGUUGAAUGUGUCUAUUUCCUUGUGCUUAUGUUAUCCUCGGUCUUCAAAUUUGCACAUUUAAAUAAGGUUCUUGCUUAAUUGUAUGUACUAAGCAUCUGUCUUGUAGUGAUUAGUAGUGAUGGUUUUAUAUGUUGAAAAAAAUGUGUUUCCACAAUUUGUAGCGGUAAUGGUAGUCUCCCCAUAUUACUUGCAUUUCCCAAAUAUCCUCUGCAUGGUUCAAAAGUGGUAAUGAUGACCUGAUCAGAGACUGCAAGAUGUUCCUGUUGGAUUAGAAGUUUUUGCUAUGAAAAUAGUCCAGUCGGACACUGAAGUUUUAAUUAUAAAAAAUAAAAGAUAUCUUUAACUGUUCUUACUAUUAGAAUUUUUAUGUAAUCUUCCUUAAUGGAGUUAAUCACUUGGAUAGGUGGCAGCGUAAAGCAUGCAGAUCAGGGGAUAAGAUUUGUACAGCUGUACUGGAUUACUUGCUGUGUCUUUCCUAGUUUUACUCCAUGUAACUGAAUUUUCUUCACAAGCUACUUUUUUAAUGUCUCACAGCAGCCAUUGGCUCUCCCUUUGCUUUAUGUUCCAGAAACUUUGCUUGUUAGCCUUUUGAUGUUUUUCAUCUGUGCAUCCGUUUCUGAGACACACACUUGUAUAGUCCUAUCAUAACUUUUUUUUAAGGAAUAUGAUUUAUUUCAUUCAUUAAUUAACAUUGCACUUUUCUGUGGAUGCUUGUUUUUUAAAUUUUUUUCCCUCCCUUUGAGCAUAGAAGGGUCAUAUGUAUACCAAGCUGUAUUAACAUUUAAAGCUUUUGUUUAACUUGCAUUAUUUAAUACAAUUACAUUAUUUCAAGUUAAAAUUACAAAUUAAUUAUCUGAAAUAAAGUUUUUACUAGUCAGACCUGAAAGUUUAGUUAGCCACACAAUUUUGGACUAGUCACCAUGUGAAAGAUAUCUACAGUCUACUUAGUAAAUGUAUGGCUAGCCAAAAUUAUAAUUAAAAAGUCAAUUUGAAUUUUAUAUCUGCAAUUACAUUUUGAUUACUGAAAAUGACAGACUUUACCCAAUUAAUUAUAUGGAGCUAUUAAGUUUAGGUAUUUUUAACUAUAUAUACAAAUUUCUUGCUUUUGAGGUAUAAACAGUGCAUAUAUAAUAUAUAAUUAAAGCACAUUAAAGAUACUGUAACUCAGACCUCAGCUAGUCCAAAUUUAAUUGUGCUAGUUGGUAUUUUAUGCAGUGUUUUACAGACUGGACCAGUUUUGGACAGAUUUUCCAGAAUUAGAUUUUUUUUUUAAUUCCUCUAGCUUAGGCUGCCAAAUUAUCUUGUUACAUUCUAGCCCUGCUCUGUAAUGAAGCUAUAAGUACUGGCAUAUUGAUGAUGUUAAUGUUUUUCCAGUUUUUCUUAAAAUUUAAUUGGUUGAAAUGCAAUGAAUGACCUAACAUUGUGAAAAGGUAAGCAGUAUACUGCCAGAGGUUUCAAUUUUAUAUUUUAGAUUAACAAAAACUGAAAGAAAGGACAUUUCAUAAUGUUACAAAUUGAGCUUCUUCAGGGAGCAGCUAAUAGGUUACAACCUACAGAUGUUAUGCAGCAAUUAAAUUAAGCCUUUGCAAGUUGAAGCAAACAAUUUACACAGGUGUCCCAACUUCUGUCGAUUACUUAAAAUCCCUCUAUCUGUCUUAAGGCAGAGUUGGAACAGAUUGAGUUAUUACACCCUCUACACCCUACAUUGUACAUUCCAAUGAUAAUAAAGGCCCAUUUUAAUAUUUUGAAAUUCUUUUUUUCAGUUUUUGCUAACCUAAACUUUAAAUUUAAACCUCUGGCAGUCUAAUACUUAUAUUUUCACCAUUUUAGGUGAUCCUUUGUAUUUCAGCUACUUAUAUUUGAAGAUAAACUAAGGUGUUCUAAACCUUUUCACUGGUAGUGCACAUCUUCCUAAAUAGUGUGUUUUCUCCUCGCUGAUUUUCAUCUCUCUCCCUUUAAGUUUUAGCAGAUGAGCUUCAUUCUUUGAUACAUUCAACUUUUUAUGAGAAAUUUAAUUGAUACCAUUUCUCUUGGGUGAAUUUGUGUGGUUUAGUGCUUGGGGUGAAAAUUAUAUCUAAGGCUAUUCGUAAAAUGUACUGGUUUUGAGUGUCAUAAGGCACUUUAUUAACUAUUGAUAUUGAAGCAAGCCUCACAGAUUUUAAAUAGCUUUAUAUUUUAAACCUAUUUAAUUUUUUUGAAAAGGGGUAAUUCUUUAUAUUUAGUUUUAAUGUCUAAAAUAGCAUUUAAAGGCGUUUUCAUUCCUAGUUCAUUUAGAUCUUUUUUUUUUUCCAACUUUGAAGCAAUUUUAGUCUAGUUCAUUUAGGUAGAUGCAAGCAUACCAGUAACAAUAACGCAGACCAAAACAACCCAAACUGAAACCCUUUAUAAUUGGUGGUCUCAGUGUAGUACCAAGCGAACUAUGGAUUAGUCUGUAUGAGGAAUGAGUGUGAUCCAACAUGGGGCCAAUCUAGCUGCAGGAGGUACUAUGGGGAAAAUUUGUGCAAGUUGUGGUUUUCACACCACACCGGGCAGCAGUCAGGCUAUGUUAGCAUAAAAAUAAAUGCACACAUGCAAUUCUACAGUUAAACAGCUCAUGCAAGUAGCAGUCAGUCAGUCAGUUCAGCCUUCGCAUAUCUUUCAACCACAGAGAUUCAAAUUUGGAAAGCAGUUGACCAUGUGAAAAAGAUAGAGGUUAUAUUUAUAUAGUAGACUACUGGAGAGUAAAUGCACAACAUUAUUCAGUGAAACAAAAUUCACCUGAUAAGUUCACUGUCUAAAUAAAUAAAAGUAAAAUGCAUCACUGUGUGCCUUCAGCAGAGCUUGUCAUCUUAUAUAGUAUUUCCCAGAUGAAACGUUUCCUUUCUGUAGUUUUUAAAGUAACGCAUCAUCUUCUUGUACUCUUCUGGUUAUCCUAGACAUUCUGCUUUCAGUGCUCUCUUUGUUAAAUAAACCAUGUAUUUAUUUCAAAUGUGGCACCUCUUGUUGACCCUUCAAUAUUUCUGCCCAAUGAAAAGAAGUCUGUGACACACCCACUGGUCAUUCUAGAGAUACUUCUGUUGCUUGAAAGUUUGCAGUGUGAAACACAACUGAACUAACUGAAAAUUGAAACAAAGUAACUAUUCCCCUCCUGAUUCAAAACAAAGAAAAUGAACUAGGAGUGUGAAAGCUCUUCAAAGCUUGCAUGAAAACUGAAUCGUGCAUAUUGAGUGUACUAAACAAUACAAAUUCUGCUUGUCCUAUUACCUCAAACUGUGGUAAUGUUUCAUUCCUCCUCUUUCACUACUGCAAUAUCUUUUCUGAAACCUAGUGUACUCAUUUGUUGAAUCUGCAGUGUACUCUACUUAUCAACUUCUUGUCAUGAAAAGAUAGGCAAUGUAGUGAACUUAUUUGUUAACUUCAAUUGAUAUCUCGUUGCUCCUCCCUUUAGCACUUCAGCAAAAAAUAUUUUAUGCUUCUGUAGCUGACUAGUGCACUAAGAUUGACAGUGUCGUAUUGUGUUUUGCAGUAGUGCUUUAAAAAUCUGGUCACAGUUGUGGUUUCACUUUUAAUAUGUUAAAUGUGCAGAUUAUUAGCUUUGCUUUCACUUAAAAUGACUCUUGAGUUAAAUAUUUGUUUUUUUUUAGUGAAAAAAGUAAUUAAUACCAAUAGCAUAUAUUAACAAAAGAUUAUUGAAAGUUCCCCCUUUAAUUUGCCUACAUUCUAGAUUGAAGUAGUUUUUCAAUCGAAGGAUUUUAACGAUGGCAUUGUGCUAUUUAUUUAAAAUAUAAAAUAUUUAUAUUGCGUUAUUGCACAUUUGAUUACAUGAUUUGUAGAUUUAUUUUCAUUGUUUUGUGUUUCAAGCUUUUUAUUAUAUGAUGCAAUACGUUAAUCUUUUAAAUGCAGUUUUUUUUUUUAAAUGGAAAAAUGCUAUUGAAUCUCCACUCAUGACAGUUAAAAUUGUGCGAAUUCAAUUUUAUAUGGACUGGCAGGUAAAUAUAAUAAAGAUGGGAAGGAAUUUAAGGACUUAAAAUUGACCAGAGUUAAUUCUUUUGUUUUUUAUAGAGCACAGAACCAUAUUUUGCACUUAGUUAAAUGAGAUGGAGAUGCACACAUUCUGUCUCACUGUGGUGUUUGGUGGCACACUAUAUUAAGAUGUGCAAGUCCCAUUCUCAUGCACUGUCUAUCUCACCAUAAAGUGUGAGAUAUGCUACUCCUAUACUGUUACUCCAUCUCAAAAAUUAUAAUGUAUGGUGGUGUGAGAAGGAGUUUUUCUUAUCUUCCAGAUUUGUUUUUUGUCUUAGUCACAGCAUGUAUUCCUUCAUUGCCCAUCUAACUGUGAUUCUAGU